UUUCUUGAGCCAGAGCGACAGGCGCACCAUAGAGAGGGAAACAAGUGGAGUUUUGUUACAGUGAGCAAACCUCAGCUGUCCAGUAUGUCUCCUUUGCGGUCGGUGGGGCUAAAACACGGACGAAUGCGCGGUUUCCGCUAAUUUCUGGACCACUGGCAGGUUGAAAAGGCUCGCUGUCUGGUAGAUAAAGCGGAGGGAAAUGUCUCGCUGGAUGUGGAGUCAACGUCUUCUUCUCCUCCUGCUGCUGCUGCUGCUGCUGCUGAUCUCAGAGGGUGAAGUACAAGCUCAAGUGGAAAACCGUGUGACCUUCCUGCCGGGGACCUUCCAGAACAUAAACGUCUCGCAGAACGAGACGGUCCAGGCGGUGGUGACCCGGAUCCCUGCCGAGGUGGCCUUCAUCACGCUGCAGUUCCACACGCUGCACCGCAACGCCACGCUGUCGUACACCCGGGUUCCAGAUCCGAGUCGCUCUCUGACAGCAGUGGACUCUGGGCUCCUGUCGGCUCUACAGAAUGGCCAAACGUCGCUCUCCUUGUUCCUGUCUUCUCCUAAUGAGGAAACCGUCCCAGGGACCGGAGUCAUCCUCUCUUACUCAAGCGCGGAACCGGUACCUGGAGCGUGCAACAUUGAGUUCAGCCUUGACGUGGAUCCGAACCUCUACAUCCGCUACAAUCUGUACGAGACCACCAUCCGCUUCGCACCGGCAAAUUUAGGAUAUGAGAGAGGCCAAUCUCCUCCAGCCUGCGAUACGUCCACAGGAAGCAGCACGCGCUGGCGGCUGCUCUACGACGUCUACCAGUACUUCCUGCCUGAGAACGACCUGUCAGAGAGCAGCCUGUUCGCCGGGUUCCAGGCCGUCGCCGACAUGCGAGGCAUGAUGGCGAGCGGUAGACUGGUCACCACGUUAAAGUCCACGGAUAAGACCAGCAUGGUGUUCAGCUCCAUCCCCGGUCAGGGCGUCAUCUACUCCGUCAUCGUCAGAGACCCGGCGCUGAACACCUCCGCCUCCUACGUUCCCGCCCACACCUACGCCUGCAGCUUCGCUUCCACUCUGGAUGGCUGUCAGACGCUCGGAAAAAUAUCGACCAAGGUCUUCUUCACCAUCGCCGGCUUGGCGGGCCUGUUUGUCUGCUUCUUUGGCCAUCGAUUCUUCAAAUGUGAGCUGUUCUGCAUGGGAUUCAGCUUUGCGGCGUUCUUCUUCUUUGUCCUCAUCACAAGGACCACACAGCUGGACUACGAUGUCCGCCUUGCAGUGUCUGCUGUAGUGGGCGUGGUGGGCGGCGGCCUCCUGGUGAUGAGCUGGUGGCGGUUCGGCUCAGUCAUGGCCUGCGUGGUCGUGGUCGGCCUGAUGCUGGGCUUCCUCGUCGCCUCCAUUGUCCUUUUCACUCCUCUGGGAGACCUGGAUGUCUUCAGGAACUCAGACGUGGUUUUCUGGGUGACUUUCUGCUGCAUCAUGGUCACGUUUCCGCUCGUCUUUGUGCGGUGGCCCAGAGAGGGGAACAUCACCACAUGCGGGAUCGUGGGGGCGUACGCCGUCAUCCUGGCUGUCAACGCCUACAUCUAUACCAGCCUGUCCUACAUCACCCUCAACAUCCUGAAACGUUUCCUCAACAGCAACUUUAGCGCCGUUUUCACAGACGUACCGUUCCAAAUCAUCGACUACGCCCUGAUCACGGUGUGGGUGGUGCUCGGCGUGUGCGGCGUGGUCCUGCAGCUGUACCGGGAGCGCUCCAGGCCGUUCUUCCCGCCCAGCCCGUACCUCAUGUGGCUGCAGGAGCGCGAGCGCCGUAAAACCAACGUGCUGGACCCGAGCCACCACGUCCCCUCGCUGCCUGGGCGCCUGCUGGAGCGGGCGCGGCAGCUGGUCAGGCGGCGGGAACCGGCGGGGGAGCACACGCCGCUGCUGCUGUGAAAACCGGCGGAACACUUCCAUCGCUUUGAUUAACCCCGAUGCAGGAAGGAGGACGCAUCAGCUGCACUAAAAUCCUCAACCACUACCUUCUUCUUCUGCUUUUUAAAUCAGCGGAGCGGAUCUUAGCUUCAGACUUUUUAACCUCCAGAUUUUGCACAAUGUGAUGCGGGAUUUCCCUCAUUAUCUCCUAAAGGCUUCAGAUCAAAGAAAACCCAACAGAUAGAAGCAGUGUCCUCCUAUGAGGGGUUCAGCCUACUUCGUGUUGCCAAACAGGUUCUCUUGAAGUUAUUAUUCCUGCAGGCCUGUUGGUCUGAAAUGUUAUUUAUCAGUAAUAUUUCCAUUUAAGUAUUAAAUGAUAGUUUGAUCUGAAGCGUUUGAGGAACCCUCAUGAUCACAGCAGGGCGUUGCCAUGACGUUUCUCAGGGUUUAGAGCACAACUUUUAGACUACUGAUGAAAACUUUGGAUUUUCUGAAGCAAUCACAUUUAGUUCUUUUAAAGUCAAACUUUUGCCAUGUAAGAUUAGCCUAUUUGUAUUUUAAUGUAUUGAUAUUUAAUGUCUUCAGUUUCCUGCCGUGAUGUAACUGCAAUGCCAAAUAGUGACAUUAAGUUAAUUUUGACUGUAUAGUGAUCUGUUUCCUGUAUAAUCCUGAAUGUGCCUUCAGUUUUAAUAAAUUGCUAUCAAUGGG